AUGGCUGACCCAAGUCUCUACACAUACCCCUCGCCCCUAGAGGGUUACGAAGGCCUUGAGCCUUUGCCAAAGGAGAAAGCCGAAGACGGUAAGAGUUUCGUCAAUCCGCCGGCUGAGAAGAAGAGCGAAGCCUAUACUUCUUUCACAGCUCCUAUUACGAAUAGCAUCAGGGGAGGUUUCGACAUACACAUCUACUUCAUCCAAGAAGACAAGGAGCAAGCCAAGUUCGCGAACGAGCUGUGGGAGCGUAUACGGCGAGAGUUCCCCGAGUUACGUAUUUACAAAAUCUGGGACCAUGCUCAGGGUCCGCAUCCACUGCCAAUGUUUGAGGUCAAUCUCUUUACGCCAGAACAGUUUGGUGCCUUCAUUCCCUGGCUGGUCAUCAACAGAGGACCACUAUCAGCACUCAUCCAUCCCAAUACUGGAGAUGACGAGAGAGAUCAUACGCAGAGGGCCACGUGGAUGGGGAACCCGCUUCCACUGAAUUUGAAGAGGUUUAAGAAGCAGAAGGCUCAAGUUUGA